UGCUGCAUGGGCUUCGACUAGCGUGAAGUUGCCGCCACUUCCUGUCCGGGCUGUCAGUUGACGUCACUUGCCAGUCUAGAGGCGCUGCUCGUCCAUUUCCUAUUUCUUUUACUUUGUGAAUGGUGUCAGAGUAAGGCAUCCAGGAUGCAGAUCUUCGUCAAGACCCUGACGGGCAAGACCAUCACCCUUGAGGUCGAACCGUCCGAUACGAUCGAGAAUGUCAAAGCCAAAAUCCAGGAUAAGGAGGGCAUCCCGCCAGAUCAGCAGCGUUUGAUCUUCGCCGGCAAGCAGUUGGAAGAUGGCCGCACCCUGUCCGACUACAACAUCCAGAAGGAGUCCACCCUGCACUUGGUGCUGCGCCUCCGUGGUGGCGCCAAGAAGCGCAAGAAGAAGAAUUACUCCACCCCCAAGAAGAUCAAGCACAAGAGGAAGAAGGUCAAACUCGCCGUCCUCAAGUACUACAAGGUCGACGAAAACGGCAAGAUCCACCGUCUGCGCCGUGAGUGCACCAGCGAGACCUGUGGUGCCGGAGUCUUCAUGGCUGCCCACGAAGAUCGUCACUACUGCGGCAAGUGCCACCUGACCCUGGUCUAUUCCAAGCAGGAGGAAAAGUAAAAAAAAUGGCAAGCCUGCUCUCUCCGGGUGCUUUUUGCGUUACUUCAGUAGAAAUGCCCGAAGGGAUCUUCUUCUUUAAUGUUUAAGAAUCACGAAAAAAAGGAAAGGUUAAAUUCUAGCCAAUAAAAAACUUGAUACGGUUUCACAUUCCGUAUUGACACCUAG